AUGCCCGCGACGAAGGUCUUCGCACCAGGUAUAAACGCCUCUCAGUCCUCUCUGAAUGCGCCGACCUUACCCCCCUAUUCGGAAACUCCACAAGACUUCGAACUCACCAGCUUCGGAUCGUCACAGUCGGAAGCCUCCCUGGAGUCAUACCACAGCGGUGCCAGCCCUUCCACAUCAUCACAACAGGACGUGACGUUCAGACCAACCACGCAGCUGCAGAUCCAGACCGAAGGCAAGUCAUGGCUGUCCUUCCCAGUGCCCACGCGGCCGACGCCCAUCUACAUCUUCAGCCUGAGCCCCGACGGGAGCAACCUGCACCGCCCGCUGUACGCCUCAAUCAGACCCAAACGCAGCUCGGGCUCCUGCUUCCUCGUCCACGCCGACGAUGAGCACCAGGCCGAGCACUUAACUAGGACGACAUAUCGCUUCGGGCCCGGCAAGCCGCCCGUCGUAAGCCUGGCCCACCACGGUGCCGUGGCCGGCGACCCGGAAGCACAGGGCGAGGAGGAGGAGGAGGGAGACCCCAGCACCGAGACGUUCGAGGUCGCGAGCCGCAGCACGUUCUCGCGGACGCAGACCGUGACGACCAGCCUGGGGACCUUCGAGUGGCGGUACGCGAGCAAGCGGGAGCGGGCGGCGGCGGGCGAGGGCGGCGCGGACAACUUGCUGGUGUUUGAGCGCGUGGAGCAACCGCCGGCGAACACGACGGGCGGCAAAGGAGGCGAGCGGCGCACGCAGGUCGCGCAGCUGGUGCGCAGCGAGCGGUACCGCACGCCGGGGACGGGCCGCAGCACGGCGGGCAACGGCGGGCGGCUGAUGCUGGACCUGCGCGGGCUCGGCGAGAAGCGCGAGGAGGCGGUGCGGCGGCUGGCCGUGACCACGGCCCUCGUCAUGCUCAAGAAGGAGGUCGACCGCCGCCGCAUGCACCAGAUGGUCGCCAUGGGGGCUGCGGGCUCAGGGGGCGGGUGA